AUGGGCCGGAUGCUGCUGCUCCUGGACUCUUCCUCAAAUGGAGUUUGGGUGAAUGGAGUGCGCAUGGCGCCUGACACCCAGCAUCUUGUGCAGGAGCAUCAGGCGUCAAGCGUAUUACGGCCGACCGUGUCAAUCUGCGAUUGUCAGGACUGGCCGGUUUCAACAACUUCAUCCAGGGGACAGGCCGAAAUUUCUUGCGAAGAAUGCUGCUCCAUUGGGUUAGCUGGAGUGCACCCGCGAGCGCAACACGUGCACUCGCGAUUCGAGGAUUUCUUUCCUGGCACCCAUCACCAAGUUGGAUGA